CAACCUUCACUCUGGAAAUGGGGAUGUCACGUGGCGAAGUAGUAGUAUCAAAUAUAAGGAAUCUAGGCAAUAGAUUCAUUUCCUAUUGAAACUGGGCACACAUUUGACCUUACGAAAUGAAACUUUUCAUUUGGCUUUUAUGCUUGACAAUUGGAGGAUCAUUCGCCUUCCGAUGUGAUGAAACAAGAAAAUGCGACGAUAGCGCAAUUCAAGAAUUGUCAGCUUUGGGUUUUUUUCCAUAUAAAGAGGAACUAUCAAGAUUAUGCCCGGGAGUUUUAAGGUUCUUUGAUUGCUACUUCACAGAAGUUCAGAAAUGUACCACUCUCAGCAUCUCAGAACUCGCAGCAACUGGUAACGAAUUUGCCUCAAAAUUAUUGACAGCAAGAAAUUUUAUUGUUGAUAUCUGUAAUGAAGAUUCAACCUUGCACAAUGAUUAUGUAUCCAGCAUCAACUGCAUCCUAGAUGUAACCAAUGCUCAAUCUCCUCUUUGUAAAGACGACAGAGAAAAAUUGGUGAAAGAUUUUUACGAAUCAAGAAAUCCACUCCAAAAUGCUGGAAAAGAUGAAGAAACCAUUUUAGAUGAAAAGAUUUGUCUGGAAAUAGUUUAUACAUUUGCUUGCUUGGCUCAGGAUAUUUAUAAGAAUUGCGGCAAAACCGCUCGAACACUGUAUUUGACUGUGCUGGAGCAUAGUAAUGUCGCCGCACCUUUUGAGUGUUCCAUUGAAAAUGAAUUAGACUUGAAGCGAGAGUUUGUGGAUUAUCUUAAAUUAGAAGACGAUGUGAAAAAAGCUUAUUGGUCUGUUUUUCAAGCAGUUGGAAGAAGAUAAGAUUGAUAUUUUUGCUUCAAAUUUGUUUUAGAAAAAUAUCAAUAUUUGGUUUUUUUUUGU